AUGAUUACCAAAGAUUUCCAAAGAUUGCCAGAGAUUUCCAAAGAUUACCACAGAUUUCCAAACAUUUGUACACUGAUUACCAAGAGUGGUUUACCCCUCGAUGUAUUAGUUGAUUCAGAUGUCAAUGAAAAAACUAAAAAUACAACAACUUCGGACAAAUAUCCUAAGUAUGUGGAUUGUAAUGAAACAUUGGUGGAACUGGGUUAUUUUAAAUGGAUAACUGGUUUUCGAUCGGAAUGCCGUAAGGCUGCAUGUCUUGUUAAGACAGAACUUUUUUUUGGGUUAUUCUAUUUGUUUUGUAAGAUUAUACUACAAGACGUUUGUGAAUGCAGAAAAAAAAUUAAUAAAUCAUCUCUUGUGAAAUCUUAUCUAGAACAAUCUAUGUUGUUUUUUCAAGGACACUAUAAAAACAUAAAACAAACUUAA